AUGGAACAGACUUCCACGGUGGGACCGCCUAUUGAACUCCCCAUCAUCGACAUAUCCAAUCCCAACGACCCCAAUGUGGGUAAGGCCAUGCUCGACGCAGCCGCCAAGUACGGCUUUCUGUACGUUGACAGCAAAGGGACCGAUUUCGCGGCCGAGGAUGUGAAAAGAGCCUUUGAGCUGUCGAAAGCUUUCUUUGCCUCUCCUGCCGAGGAGAAGGCCACUUGCUGUAUUAGUCCUAAUGUUUGUCCUACCCAAUUCUCAACGUAUAUCGACCGUUACAUGACACUGAUGCUGGUCGCGUGCAGAAUCGUGGCUGGUCAGGCAUGCACAUCGAAACUCUCGAUCCAGAGCAUCAAAGGGGCCAUGAACUUUGGCGAAUUCAAGGAUGGGAAAGCCCAGCAACCCCUCCCCCCAUCGCUGGCCCCUCACGAGGCCGAAAUUGGCCAUUUCGCCUCCCUCUGCAACAAGACCUGCAAUCGCAUCUUGAAGCUACUAGCCCUCGGUCUCCAGAUCCCGAACGACUUCUUUACAUCCCGCCAUGACCCCCAGAACGGUCCCACAGGCUGCAUACUCCGCUACCUCUACUACCCCUCGAUCUUCUCACCCGCAACAUCCUCCUACCAGCACGACGUCGACGUGCGCGCUGGUGCCCACUCCGACUACGGCAGUAUCACCCUUCUCUUCCAGCGGCCCGGACAGCCAGGUCUCGAGAUCCGGACGCCAGAUGGUUCCUGGGCUCCUGUGCCCGUGCAGCCGGGCAACGCCGAGGAUGCUAGUGCCUACACGUUCCCGCCUAUUCUGGUAAACAUUGGUGAUCUGCUGAGCUACUGGACCGACGGUCUACUCAAGUCGACGAUCCACCGUGUCGUGUUCCCCUUGUCUGAACAGCGUAGCCCCAACCCGCAGGACAGGUAUAGUAUCGCUUACUUCUGUCAUCCGGUAGACACCACGGAGUUGGUUCCCGUACCCAGUAAAGCUGUCGUCGCUCAUCGCGAGUAUUGCAGGAAGAAUGGUAUUGCCAAUGAACAGGUUGGCUUCGGUGGCGGAGCAGGGAACAUGGCGCCGGGGAAGCGGGCUUUGACGGCCUACGAACAUCUCGAAUCGAGACUGGCGGCCACAUACGGAUUCAAGAAGGAGUGA